AUCUCCUCUCUCUCCCCUGCAAGCUGCUCACAGAUCCAAUCUCUCCAUGUGAGUGCACGCACUCAGACAAAGCUCCAAGGAUUUCAUUUCCUCGAUCGGCUCUGAUGAAGUACUGAAUUAGUUUUGUUCUCGCAUUGAUGCAUAAGCUGGAGAUGAAUCGGAGCUUUCGGAACUCGGUGGUCGGCGGCGGGAUGAAUUUCCCGCUGGCGUCGCACCACCGGCGCGGACUUAGUCUCAAUGGAGCAUCCAACUGUGAAGCCUCUGAUGAUUCGCUGGAUCUCUUCUCCAAAAGUCGUCGCAGCCUCUCCGCAGCCUCCUCCGACGAUUCAGACGGAACAGUUCCGGUUAAACUGGGAAGGCUUUCAGUUGGAUCAGUGAUUGUGGGGAAGAAUGGAUCAGAUGAUCUGUUGUCAUCUUCUGAAGAAGGCAAACAUGAUUAUGAUUGGCUUCUAACUCCUCCAGGAACUCCGCUUCCUUCAUCCAACGUAAAUGAACCUCAACCAGCACAUGUCGCUCUGGCUUCAAGAAGCCGCCCUUUGGCCAGAUCAGUCUCGGCAUCUAAGCCGUCAAGGCUUUCUGUGUCUCACUCUGAGAACAGUAGUCAGCCAGCAAGGCCAACUCGCAGCAGUUCUGUAACCCGUCCUUCUAUCUCCAGUUCACAGUACAAUAACUACUCAAACAAAUCAAGUAAUAAUAUUCUGAACACAAGCUCUGCUUCAGUUUCAUCCUAUAUUAGACAAUCUACUCCCACACGUUCUUCAUCUUCAGCCAGACCAUCUACCACCACCACUUCACGCCCAAUUGACACCUUAAGAAAAGGCAGUCAAAACGGUUGUUCAUCCUCUGGACGCACUGUCAGCAAUGGAAGAAAUGUGGGUUCAGUUUCGCGCCCAAGCUCCCCUGCUAGAAGUACAGCCUCAGUAUCACGCCCAAGCUCCCCAGGUCCACCAAUUCGACGAACACCUCAACCAAUUGUUCUUCCGGAUUUUUCACUGGAAACUCCUUCAAAUUUGCGAACCUCAUUACCUGACAGGCCACUGUCGGUUGGUAGGUCCAGACCUGGUGCUCCCCUCUCUGGAAAAGGGGCUAUGGAUAUUCCAAAUGCUGGAAAUCCACCGCGGCGGCAGCCAUCACCCUCUGGAAGAGUGCGAGUGGUUGGAAAUGGGCACUCGUCUGAUGCCUCCGACUCUGGCAGAGUUUCACAUGGCUCAAAGUUGCCUCAGAGGAAAUCUGUUAGGACACCUACUGAGAGUGUGGGCUUUGGUGGCACUAUCUCAAAGAAAUCUCUUGAUGUGGCUAUCAGGCAUAUGGAUAUAAGAAAUAGCCCGAAUGGCGCACGGGCAAUUUCAGGCUCGACACUCUUCCCUCCUAGCAUCCGAUCCAACGGCACUAAAAAGCAGCAGCAGCAGCAGGUGCAUGGUUCAAGUUCCCCGGCAUCUUUGAGUGGAAGUAUGAACAGUAACAACAGCGAGCCCAUCUUAGAAAAAGGAAGUUGUAAUAAUGGUAGGCCUUUGGAGAACAGAAGCGAAGAAGAGGAAAGACAUGAACGGUCUUCUUUAGCAAGAGUGACAGACGCUGAUGUGUACGAGAGUUGUCGUUAUGACAUGCUCCUACUCAAAGAGGAUGUGAAGAACACUAAUUGGUUGCACAGCAUUGAUGACAAGUCCGAGGCCACCAUGUUUGACAAUGGUUUUGAACCCCUCCCCGAACCCUUUGACCCUCUACUACAAUAGCGCCAAUGCGCCAUUGAAAUUUGGAAUGCUUAUGAACUGCUAGUAGUAAGCCCCUUUUUUUAAUUUUUUUUUAAAUUUUAAAAUCCCCUUAAGCUAUGUUUGAAUGGAUGUAAGAGGAGGGUGACAUGCUUCCAAUCCUUGCCACUAUUUUAUACGAGUUUACCUACACUCCAAAUUGGGGUUUAGGAUUAGGAAUGUGAAAACAAAUGUUCCAAACUUUCCGUUGUUCAUUUGGACGAAUUGUUUCCAACCCGUACAGAAGAUAUUUUU